AUCUUUCCAUUGAUUUGUACAAGUCGAUACCAGUCGAGUCGUUGCUGUAGUUUGUUUAUACAGGAGCCAACGUCCGUUAAAAUACAGGUUUAAAAGAUGCAUUUUAAAGUCCGCGCUGCAGCAAAAGAGGAUUGUAAGGAAAUAUCUAGAAUGAUUAUGGAGUUGGCUGUGUAUGAGAACAUGCCAGACCAGGUGAAGACUUCUCAUGAAGACUUGGAGCGUGAUGGGUUCUCUCCAAACCCCUUCUAUGAAUGCCUGAUCGCUGAAGUGCCAGAUGAACACAAGACCAAAGAUGGUAAAAAAAAUCUGCAUUUCAGUGCAGCUUAA